AUGCAAAAUAUUGGAUGCCAACCGCCAUUAAACCUCAUCUAAGAAGAAGAUCACAGCAUCGAGUAACCGUACGACACAGAAAACGAACCAGACCCUAAAAUAUACGCCACUAAAAACACACAUGGAUCUAUAGGAACGAGUAUAUCGGCGAAUACAGCAAAAUUAGACGCACCUGACCAUUACCACAAGGUUACACAUAGCCGUAGUUUAUGCUAGGUUAUGUAUGCAGGGAGAAUUGCAGAUGCUGCGUGGAAGUGAAAUCUUUUAUGGAGGCUUGGAAGGACGCGGGGAGCGAAGAGCCGAAGUGGGGAAACUGGAGAUUGCUACAACGUACUGGAAACAGUACAGCUUCUGCUGGCUACGAGUGACCCACGCGCACGGGACGGGGUGGAAACAUGGCCGCGAAUGGCAACAAUUUAACAUCUGGGAUGGGAGAAAUUAUCCAACUGAACGUUGGUGGGACACGGUUCAGCACCUCUAGACAGACUCUCAUGUGGAUCCCAGACUCUUUCUUUUCAAGUUUGCUGAGUGGGAGAAUAUCAUCUCUACUGGAUGAAACUGGAGCUAUAUUUAUUGACAGGGACCCAACAGCCUUUGCGCCCAUCUUGAAUUUCCUUCGAACCAAAGAGUUAGACUUAAGGGGGGUAAACAUUAACAUUCUCCGCCAUGAAGCUGAGUUUUAUGGGAUAACGCCAUUAGUGAGGAGGUUGCUGCUGUGUGAGGAAAUAGAACGUUCGUCCUGUGGCAGUGUUCUAUUCCAUGGAUACCUUCCCCCUACAGCUCUCCCAGCCCGUAACUCCAGCCCUACCCCUGCAGCCUCUGGCCUUGCCGCUGAGGAUCGGCCUGGUCCUAGCAGAGCAGAGGGGGGGUUCUCCCAAACCUGCCCCCUCCACCCCUCCCUUCCCGGACCCCCUGGAGCCGAGGGGCCACACAUUGCAGGUGCUGUGGUGGAUCCUAGGAAGGUGCUGAUUGUAGCUGGACAUCAUAACUGGAUCGUAGUGGCUUAUGCACACUUUGUCAUCUGCUACAGGAUAAAGGAGUCGUCAGGGUGGCAGCAGGUGUUUUUUAGCCCCUAUCUGGACUGGUCCAUUGAGAGAAUCGCUCUCAACGCCAAGGUGGUAGGUGGUCCCCAUGGCGAUAAGGACAAGAUGGUGGCAGCCGCCUCCGCUAGCAACAUCAUCCUCUGGAGCAUCCAGGACGGAGGGAGCGGCAACGAGAUAGGUGUGUUUAGUCUGGGUGUACCAGUAGAUCAUAUGUUCUUCAUUGGGAACCAGCUAGUGGCCACCAGUCACACGGGGAAGGUGGGGGUCUGGAACGCUGUCACACAGCAUUGGCAGGUGCAAGAUGUAGUUCCCAUCACCAGCUGUGACACAGCUGGCUCCUUCCUGCUUCUGGGCUGCAACAACGGCUCCAUCUACUAUAUAGACAUGCAGAAGUUUCCUUUGAGGAUGAAGGAUAAUGAUCUGUUGGUGACAGAACUGUACCACGACCCAUCUAACGAUGCUAUAACUGCCCUGAGUGUCUACUUCACACCCAAGACCAGUGUGAGUGGUAACUGGAUAGAGAUAGCGUAUGGGACCAGUUCUGGAGCAGUGAGGGUCAUAGUCCAACACCCUGAGACAGUAGGCUCUGGACCUCAGCUCUUCCAGACCUUUACUGUCCACCGCUCCCCUGUCACCAAGAUCAUGCUCUCUGAGAAACACCUUGUCUCAGUGUGUGCGGACAACAACCAUGUGCGUACGUGGACAGUGACGCGGUUCCGAGGCAUGAUCUCCACGCAGCCUGGCUCCACCCCCCUCGCCUCCUUUAAGAUCCUCUCAUUGGAGGAGACUGAGAGCCACGGCAGCUACUCAUCAGGCAACGACAUUGGUCCGUUUGGGGAGAGAGACGACCAGCAGGUGUUUAUUCAGAAGGUCAUCCCCAUCACCAACAAGCUGUUUAUUCGCCUCUCCUCCACUGGGAAAAGGAUCUGUGAGGUGGCGGCAGUGGAUGGGACCACCAUCUCGUGUUUCACGGUUAGGGAGUGUGAGGGUUCUAGCAGGAUGGGUUCUAGACCCAGGAGGUACCUGUUCACGGGCCAUGGCAAUGGCAGCAUUCAGAUGUGGGACCUCACCACCGCUAUGGACACUGCCAACAAGGGAGAAGAGAAGAAGAAAGAUGAGGUGGGCGGGCCAACAGAAGAGGAGCUGCUUCAGCUAUUGGACCAGUGUGACCUCAGCACCUCCCGCUGUGCCACGCCCAACAUCAGCCCCGCCCCCUCGGUGCUGCAGCCCAGCCGUCUCCGAGAGUCCUGCUCCAGCCUCCAGCUGCAGGCCCAGGAUCCCAUUCCAGAGAUGGCUACCUACGGAGCUCUGCGACCCUACAGAGAGAGCCCACUGCUGGCCCGAGCACGGCGCACAGAGUCCUUCCACAACUACAAAGACUUCCAGAACUUCUCCCUAGGGAAAGGCCUGCUGGAGAGCCCUGAACAGGCUCCAGGACAGGGGGCACGCCCAGGUACAGAAGCCAGAACCCGGUCGCUGUGUGAGGCUGGGGGAGAGGAGGUGGAGAGGAGGGGCUCUGCCAUGGAGCUCUGGGCUAGCCGAACCACAAAUGCCGCUUACGCUAAUGUCGUUGCUAACGAUGCUGUGGUCAUAGACGCAGCUGAGGGUAUCACAGAAUCGCCACGGCAACCGCCUGAGAGCCCUGGUGGAGACGUUCGUCGAAGGGUCCAAUCGGAGGAGGAGGAGUGGGCGGGGCUUGGAUCAGGGGCGAAGGCUAGGUCUGAGGUGAGGAGGAAGGCAGGGUUUGAGGGAGGGUUGUUUCUGGGCAGGAAGAGGCCACCUCCCGUCCCCCAGCUCUCCUCGCUGUCCUCGGGGGUGUUCUCAGGGGGAUGCGGUGACUCCUCCUCCACCGCCUCCCCCUCCCCCACUAAGCUGGCCUCCACUUCCCCCCAACGCAGGAAGUGCAGCGAGCCGGCCAAUCAGGACAGCAGCCUGUGAGUGAAGGACAGCUCUGAUGCAGACACGCCCCUUGUGUUUGUCAGUCAACAGCUUCAGGUAGAAGUUACCCCCGUAAACACUGAUCUAGGACCAGCCUACCCUCCACAACCCUAACCAGUAGGAGGAACUGGCCUUAGAUCAGUGUCUGAGGGCAACUCCAUCUCACAGGCAACACUCAUGUAUGACAUCUCAAAAGAAAGCCCUAUAUUCUCAGUCAAGAGGAAGAAAUUUGACGCAGCCUAAGGAUCAUGACUUUAACCCUUUAUAUAUCUCCAUCAUUGCUAGUAUCUGGUAGCUACACAAUUAAUAAUAAUAAAUCAUUUGGUGGGUGCUUAUAUUUGUUCUAACGUCAUACAUGUACAAUACUUGUGUGUGAAUUGGACAUGUGUUUUUUUCAUAUCCCAACUCUCCGGGAGACGCCCUUGGAGUGUGGGGUCACGGCCAGGAUGCACCUCCAAUGUUUGAUCCAAUAGUCCCUCAUGACAUCAUUCAGACUUUUUGUGUUGGAUGCAUGUAGUUUACAGACUGUUAACAAAGUGCUACAUACGUUUAUUUCCCCCUUGUGGUUGUGGUCACUUUCCCAAACUCAUAGUUUGGGUUCACAGAUAGUGAACCUUCACACAGUCAUGCUGUUCUACCAGCCAGUAGCCAUGUGUGUUGUGUUUAAGACAUGAAUGAAUUCAACACUACACAGUAAAUCCCUUUAUCUGUACUUCUUUAUCGAAACAGACCGACGUCUCAUGCUGAAGAUCGAUGUGACUUUCCAUGGUAUUGUUUCUUUAAAUGUGAAGAGGAUUACAUUUUGUAGUGUCUUCUUUGACAUUAUCUAAGUAUCCCCCUGUCCUGUGAUGGAGAGAGGAUCUAGAGUUUUAAGGGCAGAUUCAAUCAGAUAGGCAGCAGCAUAGCGUUGUUUUGGAGGUGUCGGAGGUGGAACUGCGUUAGAGCUGUCAGAUCCACAAGAGGCUCGUUGCGUUAACUGCCAUUGGAUGCAACGAAACCACACCAGACUAUAAUCCCAACAAAUCCCAUGUGGCCACGUUAAAGUUCAAACACUCAAAUUAGACUAGUGGGAAUAAAUCCCCCAUCAAAUGAGCAUGAAAACAUGCAUCAGUCUCACAUCAAUGACAUCAGUAAUUAUUUUUAACAUGAUAAAAGCCUGCACUUUCUAGUAGCGUUUUGAACCUCUAACACAAAGGGAUAAUAAGGAAGGAGAUUGACAGGAGCAUCCGCUCACCGAUAUGCCAGCUCAUACCGCUUGUACACCUCCAACACUCAGGCUGUAUCACAACCACCCGUGAUUGGGAGUCUCAUAGGGCGGCGCACAAUUGGCCCAGCGUCGUCCGGGUUUGACCGGUGUAGGCUGUCAUUGUAUAUAAGACUUUGUUCUUAACUGACUUGCCUAGUUAAACAUAGGUUAAAAAGAAAUCUGCUAUGUCGGCAAACACUGGUUAAAGCUCCAUCUGAUUGAAUCCAGGCCUUGGACCUGUCCAGUUGUCACAGGUUGGAUAGCUGCUAUUAUUGUCACUCCUGUCACCCAACGAUAGCUUUCAGAUGGAGAAAGAGAAUAGGGGAGGGAGAGAGAGAGAGAGCAAGAGUUAUCAAUGGAGCCCAUCCUUUAGUUCCCUUCCUAAGACAUCCUCUACCCCAUCACUAGACCAGACCUGGGUCAAGUACAUACAACUUGAGGUGCGCUUGAUUUAGCUUGUCCACUAAAAUGGAAUAAUCCCAAAAGUGCAAACUCUGCCCAACACUCUAAAUCAAGCGCACCCCUUGUAUUUGAAUGUACUGUAUUUGACCCAGGUCUGUUUUAGACAGAGAUGUUCAAUAAGAGAUGGAAUGUUGAACAUAUACAAAGAUGUACAUUUAAAUAAUAUGCAACCUGAUUAUACUGUAUAUUAAGAGUAUACCUACAAAAUCCAAACUAUAUAAGUAACCAUACUGAUGCAUUUAAUAUUUAUGUAACUAUCUACAUAUUUGCUGUUUGCGACAUGUCUGUUUGUUCUCAUAUAAUCUAUAUUGAUAUGAAUCAUAUUUUAUCGUACCUAAAUUGCAUUUGCUCUAUGAAGACUAAAUGAUGAUGUAACAUUUUAUUUGGUAUGAGAUGAUAUUUAGCCCUUUGAGGAAUAAUGCCUGUCCCUCUGUGUCUAAGGCCUGGAUUUAUUCCGAUCCACCUUAGAUCUGCCUUAUAGCGGAAUUUGACAUUAAAGGUAAUUUCCUAUUGAGCGGACAUAUGCAGCGUUUACCGUGAAUGGGGUUUCUGCGAAAGUGGGAACAUUGGCUUUAAAAGUUGUAUAGGGGGUGAUCAGAUUGAAUCUAUUUAAAAGUUGUAUAGGGGGCGAUCAGAUUGAAUCUAUUUAAAAGUUGUAUGGGGGCGAUCAGAUUGAUUCUAUUUAAAAGUUGUAUGGGGGCGAUCAGAUUGAAUCUAUUUGAAAGUUGUAUGGGGGCGAUCAGAUUGAAUCAGAUUGAAUCUAUUUGAAAGUUGUAUGGGGGCGAUCAGAUUGAAUCAGACUGAAUCAAUUUGAAAGUUGUAUGGGGUCGAUCAGAUUGAAUCUAUUUGAAAGUUGUAUGGGGGCGAUCAGAUUGAAUCAGACUGAAUCAAUUUGAAAGUUGUAUGGGGUCGAUCAGAUUGAAUCUAUUUGAAAGUUGUAUGGGGUCGAUCAGACUGAAUCAAUUUGAAAGUUGUAUGGGGGCGAUCAGAUUGAAUCAGAUUGAAUCUAUUUGAAAGUUGUAUGGGGGCGAUCAGAUUGAAUCUAUUUGAAAGUUGUAUGGGGGCGAUCAGAUUGAAUCUAUUUGAAAGUUGUAUGGGGUCGAUCAGAUUGAAUCUAUUUGAAAGUUGUAUAGGGGCGAUCAGAUUGAAUCUAUUUGAAAGUUGUAUGGGGGCGAUCAGAUUGAAUCUAUUUGAAAGUUGUAUGGGGUCGAUCAGAUUGAAUCUAUUUGAAAGUUGUAUAGGGGCGAUCAGAUUGAAUCUAUUUGAAAGUUGUAUAGGGGCGAUCAGAUUGAAUCUAUUUGAAAGUUGUAUUGGGGCGAUCAGAUUGAAUCUAUUUGAAAGUUGUAUAGGGGCGAUCAGAUUGAAUCUAUUUAAAAGUUGUAUAGGGGCGAUCAGAUUGAAUCUAUUUGAAAGUUGUAUGGGGGCGAUCAGAUUGAAUCUAUUUGAAAGUUGUAUAGGGUCGAUCAGAUUGAAUCUAGGCCUCUUCUCUUCUCAUAUUUACACUUUCACUCCAGCCAGAUACUAAAGAAAAUAAAUAGAUCUAUUUCUGUCA